CGUUUCUCUGCUGCAGCAUCAUGGCGCCGCUGAGCCUCCUGGUCAUCUUCGGCCUCCUCAUCCUCCCCACCGAGGGGAGAGGCGAUCAGGAGAAGCUGAGCCCUGAUUUCACAGCUGGAAGUUUCCUCAGAAGAAAAGAUGAACAUCUGGAGAGAAGCAGACUGAUUCCAGAUCAGCUGCUCCACAAUGAAAAGGUUCUGGACGCCGUCUUGGUUGGUUCUGACCAGCAGACGAUGGCGGACCGGCUGCAAAGCGCUGCAGAGGAAGUUCUGGUUCCGACCCGCAGCUCCGAUCCAUCAGACGGAAACACCAGGCAGGAAAACGGGUCGGAACCGCAGCAGCGUCUCCCGGUCAGCAGAAAGCUCCUCUACAACCAGACAGUCUGUGGGUCAGAACCAGACCAGCAGAACCCUCAGCUGGAUCAAGUAGCGCAUGAAGCCGACCCGGUUUCCAGAACCCCCAGAGCCGCCCCCAGCCCCGACGACCCCCUGGUCCAGUUUGACCAGCAGCAGAUCGUCAUGCUAGCAGACGAUGAGGUGGUGAGAACAGCUGCAGCUUCUCUCUACCACAAACAUCCAGCAGUCAGUUCGCUUCACGCCGUCCGUCCCCAGCACCGAGUCCGGCAGGUCAAAGGUCAGGCGGCGCCUCUGUCGGAACGCAGCAGCCUGGUUCUGGUGGGUCACGGAGCCAGAGAGCCUUCAGGAGAGAUGAGGAUAUCGGGGUACAGCUACCAGGACGUGGCCAGGAUCAUCCAGAGCAGCUCCAGGAUCGGCCAGAAGAUCCAAACCACCGCGGUGGUGGCCUGUGGCGCCGGAUCGGACCGCCGCUUCCCACAAGCUCUGCUGCAGACGCUGCACCGAGCCGGCCUGGAGACGGAGCUGCACCUGUGGGAGACCGCCGUCCAGGUGGCGGAGACGGGAGACGUCCUGAGUCAGGACGGAGCGCGGUGGAGAUCUGGAGAUCACAGCAAGAAGCUGGUUCUGACUGUCGGCCGGACCGGAGAGAUCAGGAGGAGGGACGACCGCCGCCGCUGCACCGGCCAGGAAGUGGCCACCAAUCAGACGGCGCUGCUGGGCGACGACGAGCCGAACUUCAGAGAACAAUGGCCAACAGCCAUCAGAAGCUUCAUUGAUAACAACAUCUAUGAGAAAGUCGUUUCAAAACUAACAGGUUCACAAAAUGUUCCACAAAAAUACGUCGAUAAAGUCAGAGAGACAUUCAGGAUCCUCGAAGGUUUGACGUGGGGGUUAUUUUACCCAGAGGCCCCUGGUGGCAGCGGGGCAGCACAACCACUAAGGGGAGUAGAGCAGCCAGACCUGGACAGCUUCAUCAUAGGGAGGAGAGACGAACAGGGAAAGGUUGUCUGGUUAGACAACAACGGUAAAGAAAAUGUUCUCCGGACAUGCUAUGUGAUUGAAACAGGACGUGACAUCAGAAACAUCAUCCGUCACUUUGCAAAGGACGGAGAGAACGCUGAGUCCUACCUGCUGAUCAAUGAUUGGCUGUUCCUGGUCCAACCAGACAGUCUGUAUGUUCACCCAAUAGGAAGGCGGAUCAGAGAGGACGAAGCAGACGGUAUACGGAGACCAGUGAUGGACCUGAUAGAGCUGCACAACCGAGAGGGAAACGAAAGAUAUGAAAAUAUUAAAAAGCACAUCCAUGAUUCUGAGAGGGAGACUUUUGUUUACAACGUGAGGAACAUUUUCCAGAAUCUGCCCGUCUGCUUGGCCUUCAACCCGGAACUGUUUUCAGUCUGGUAUUUCACGGCUUCAGUCAUCGCUGAAUCUGCCAGGAACUUCCGGACGUUUCCUUUGACCCUCAUGGCUCUGAGCAUGGAGGACAACAGGUUCUGGUUCGACCCGAAGUUUAUCACCAUGGCGGACGGCGGCACCUGGCUGAACGAGCCGCUGCGGGGCUUCAGCGGCGCGGCGGAGGGAUACCCGGACAAACUGGCCGCGCUGCUGGGGAGAGAGUACACCGUGAUGAGGGCCUGGCAGCAGGCUGCCGUGAAGAACCAGCAGGGGGCGGACGAGUUCACGGCCAUGGCUGCAGCUGCACAACAGCUCAACGUGCUGCGGCAGCAGGAGACGGAGAAGUUCAUAAAGGAUUGCAGAGAAUUUGUUAGUGAUGUGAAGAACCAGCAGAAUCUCCCAUCAGCAGAAAACGGUCCAACAUUCAGCCUGAAGGUCAAUAAAUGACCAGAAAUGUCAUCAAACUGCUGCAAGUUCAGCUACUGAUAAUGUCAGCAUUAAUAUUUCAUAUUAACACAUUGAUGAUUCUGUCAUUAAACUGGAGCAGCUGAAAGCUUCACUGUUUUAAUAAAA